AGGUUAAAUAAGGAUAUAAGAUUAACGCAGUCAAUCGUGCAUUCAUACGCGACGAUCGAAGUGAAGCUACAACAGCAACUUCAGUCCAGCAUGGAUUGGAAACGGGAUGUUCUUCUCUAUGCAGUGGUUUUGGUAGCAUUUCUUAUUGCAAACUCUGGCUUGAGUAUUGCUGGUGGAUUGGUUUCUUGGGGCUCCAAUGUGUGCUCCACAAGCACUUAUGUUACAGUUCGUACAACAUACAGAACUCAUCGGUGGGGUUACAGAGACUACUACUCCAAAUGUGGUCUAUGGGGAUGGAGUAGAUGUAAACGAACAAGAUCUUAUCGAAUUUACUAUCAAGGAACAAGGUAUACCUCCCAACGCCAGAUCCGCUAUUACUGCUGCUCAGGGUGGGAAAAGUCGUAUUCGGGAAGCAGACACUGCAGUUCACCGAUUUGUCACCAAUCUUGUUACCAUGGCAGCUGUUCUCGUCCAAACACUUGCUCCUGUUACAGUGGAUGGAGAGGAUAUUAUUGUAAUACAGAUAUCAAUGAAUGUAGUUCCUAUAAUCGUGGUGGUUGUCAGCAGCUUUGCACAAAUACUGCGGGCUCAUACAGAUGUGGAUGUAAUUCAGGAUACACUAAAACUGGCAAAAGAUGCAUAGAUUACAAUGAGUGUAAUACGUCACCGUGUAAGUGUGCUUCGCUCAU